GGCGUCGUUUUACUAAACCUCGCAAAAACCCCUCUUUUGGUUGCCGCAGUUUCUUCAAAGAACCCUAGAAAGCCGAUCUCCGUCUUUGUCUACGCGUUCCCGGGAAAUGGCUUCUCGAUGUCGAUCUUUGUCGAAGCCUGCGGUUUCUUUGUUUAAAUCUGCUAUGAACAAGCCUUCGGUCGGAUCCAGAUCGGCUUCUUCGCUUCUCGGUGCUCGUCAUUCGCUUGGAUCAUCGAGGCCAAUUUCUCAGCUGGGCUCGCUUCAGUCUUUACUUCCACUGCACAGUGCAGUGUCUUCAGCUCGGUUGACUUCGUGUCUCGGCAUCGAUUCGAGGAGCUCGAGGUCGCUGUCUCAGGGUAUGCUCUGCAGUGCAAAUCCAGGAGUUUGAUAAUCUCCAAAUGUUUUGUGUUUAGUAUCUAGCUUGGCCUUAGUGUUCCUCGAUAAGAGACCGAAACCAAGAAAAGGGAAUUCAUCCUCUGCCUUAACAGCUCCAAUCCAAUCUUUUCCCUCUCCUGGUACUUUUUCAUGUGUCUCUCAUUUUCACCCAUAGCUGUGUUUUUUUUUUCUGGGUGAUUCUCUUAUUUUCCAUAAUUUCAUCCAUUUUGCUUAGAGACCUUACUCAUGCAGUUUGCAUUGAAAGAAACUGAAUCGGUUUAAGCGAAUAACCGAUGUGUUCUCUCGUGUUUUCGGUUUCAUUCUGGACUUAUGUUUUCUUCUUCCAUAUGGUUGGCCAUUGCUCCUUGCUCAGUAGCUCUAGUUAGGGUUCUUAUUAUUGUGUGAUUGGUCCUAAAGCAUACACAGACAUACAAAGAUGCUUAUAUUUUCAGUUUGUCUCA